AUGGCUGGCUAUAACAGCAGAAACGAAAGCGACUUCGAAAAAAGCUUUAGGUUGAAAAAUACCAUCGAUGUUUUCGAGAAGCGCGCAAGGGUGGAACCCAACGCGCAAGCUCUCGCGGUUCUCAUGAACUGCGAAUACCUGCUCUGGCUCUUGAACAAGGACACGCCUCAGAAGCAGAAUCCUUUCUUGAGUCAUUGGGUAGAAGCUAUCCAACGACUCGACGCUACGGGAGGGCAGCACGAGAGCAAUGGUGUUGCGAAGAAUGAUCUUUCGGCGGAUAAGAUCAGUGCAGCCCGAGUACUGUGGAUUAAGAUGCUCCUACAAGGCGAGGAUGUCAAGUAUCUACUUGACCAAACGUCACAGCAAGCCAGUAUCUCACUUUUAAGCGAUGGCCUCCGUGAGCCAUUCGACUUGAGGCCAUAUGUUCGAAUGCUGGAGGACGAAGGCAUCUACGAGAAGACGCCCGAACCCGAUACAAACGGGCACGCUGCACCUACACAGUCGCAGAACGGCGUAGACACUCUUCACCGUCACACGAGCGCGAAGAAGACAAUUGACUCAACCGAAGACUUGAUCCAGCAGCGCAAAGCCGACAUACUCCGCAAUCUCGAGCUAGAUACAGACACAGCUAUAUUUGAAAUCACCCGUCUCCCAAUCUCGCUCACAUACCUCGACUUCCUCACCACGCUCCUCACCGACCGCACCCUCGAAACCCACUCCAUAGACCCAGCGCCCAUCAUAACACAAUACAUACAACACGCCCUGCGCACAAUCGAGCGCAUGGGCAAGCCACCAGCCCCGUCGGACGAUGGAGAGGUGCUGGAGUAUGGCAAAGAGGCGCAAACCCGGCAUAUACUGCUUUUGUUGCUGUUUAUUAAGAGCUUGAUACGCAAGGGGCUGGUGGAGAUGGACACGUUGUAUUAUGAGAUUGCAGAGAUUUCGGUGAGGGGAAGAGAUGUACAUAUCGCGUCCAUACUAGAAGAUCGCGGUGCAGUCAAAACAACGUCGGGUGUAUACGGGGAGAUUGGAAAGAUUCAGUUGCAUAUCGUUCCAAACUAUGAUGAUUCCGCCGCACUCAAAACACAUGUUCGGGUGCCUACGGAGAGACCAGGAGAAGCAUCGCGAUCAGGCCUGUGCGUUGCGACAGGAACAAUGCUAAACCUCAGCUACAAGUCGAAGGCAUGCAUUGUGCAGAUCGUCAUAUUGCGAUCAAACAGAAAAACACAUUCCGAAGUUUCAAGCACCGAAACUGAAACGAUCGAUGUACUUCUCCACGAUGAGCUGCGAAAAGAUUUGGAGAUCAAGGAACACGCGAUACCAUCACUACGCUCGGAACAAUAA